ACAACAUGCGUCAGUGACAGUUUGCACUUCAUUUGGGUUGAUCGUGAUGGCAGCCAAGUUCCUGUUUGAACGCGAACCAGCAUCACCGCACCGUAUUCAAGUAACAAUAAUCACUGAAUAACAAUCCCUACCAUGAGCUCAAGUGGAGAAGAUGCUCUCUCAUAUUUUUCGGCACUGGACGAGUUAAUACAACUGAUAUAUCAAGGGGCACAGAAGUUUGUACUUCUUUCCUCAGUCGACGACGUUAGUUGGAAUGUGUAUCUCGGUUUGACUGGACCAGAAGGUCGGUGGUGGUGCAGACGAUGGACGGAGAAAGAUGUUCAAAAUUUCGUGGGUCGGAAGACUUCAUCUAUCCUACUUGAGGCCUUCGCAGAUAGGCUCGUACAAACCAUUGUUCAAGGAGAACUGUUUGUAGGAAACUGGAGCUCCGAGAAGGGUGCCAAAAUUAAUCUGACCUUGGGUCCUGGUGCAAAGACGCCUAUUCACGUGCCUCUGACAGAGCUUUCAGCACAUGAGGCUGCUUCGUAUGCCGCCAAAGUGUUUGCUGAGAUUGCCCUCCAAGCACAGUCGAGGAAGUGUCGGCUUAACCCAUCAGAUGACAUUCCUUCGACGUCGACUGCCAACCUACGACUAAGCCCUCCAGCAACUUCGCAUAAAUGACAAGCAGAACCCGAGUCUCCUCCUAAAGUGACUAAAUGCAAAGCACUUGAAAGGGAGCCCACUGUUGCAGAAAUCAAAGCGAACGAAAAGAUCAAGGAAUUGGAGGCCCAACUUGCCUCAGAAAAGAAGAAAUCGAUGACCACUUU